AUGUCUACCAAUUCUAAAAUGGCGCUCCUGACGGAGCAUUUGCGCCACACGCCAGUGAGUCUACUCGACGAUAUUAUAGAUAGCAUCAAUAAAUUAGCAUGGAAGGCCGUAGAUGCCGUCGAGCAAGGUCUCUCCGCCGCACCCCCAGAAGCCCUAGGCCUCAACAUCGAUCCGUCAGAUCCAAAGUCGGUAGAGCUAGAGGCGCAAGUGAAACUUGAUAUUGAGGCCGGCGCACACAAAUUGGAGACCUUACUUGGCACCACUAUCGACAAGAACUUCGAUAAGAUGGAAGUGUUUGCUUUACGGUCAAUUGUUGCCAUUCCAGACGAUUUAGAAGACUGGAUAAGGCUGCCGCAUUACGAGGGCUUGAACUUUAAACUCCCAGCUGACGCGCCGACUAUCGAGACAAUCCGCCUUCAACGAGCCAAAGUACAAGAAGCCCAAAGACUCAAUCGGCUGCUAACUGCAGAGUCUUCAAAGAACACAGCCACCAUCAACUGCUUGCGAUCACUGCGUGGGCUUCCUCCAAAGUCUGCCCCUGAAAUCUCGAAGGCGGCAGGAUCAUCUGAGCCAAGCACAAAUGAUACAACAUAUCCGGUGUUUGCGCAUUUAGAAAACAAAGCCGACCUCACAGAUGGCACAGGAGAUACGCCGCUCAGCACCAAUGCUGCCUUCGUCCUUUCUCAGCUACCGGCGCUCAAAUCCCUGUUGGCGGAGCUGAAGCCACAAGAAAGGCUCCUAGAGGAAAGAAAGAAGGCGGACCCGAAUAUUGCGGAAGGGCAAGGGGAAAAGAGCUGGCGGAAGCAGCGUGUAGAGUAUAUUGAGACGCAGACGAGGAGACACUUGGAAAAGGUUGUUGGAUUGGAACUAGGGAAGAAUGGCGAGGUGGGAGAUGGAGAAUGGCAAGCCGAAGGGAGGAAACUUGCAAAAGGGGAGGUGCACGACUUAGAGAAGAUGGUGGAGAUGAUAGGAGGGGGAAGCUCGGAAGGGAAAGACAAGAAAAUGACAGACGUUUAA